CUGAAAAAUUGUUUUAUUAUGUGUUGUAUUUCGUGAGGAAUAUAUAGUGGUUUUGUUCGCUUUCACUACCAGAAGUGCAUAAUCAAAAGCAGCGUUGCAUCUACAAUGAAAAGCGAUUUAAAGAUAUGGUCCUUCGCUGAGAUCGCGUUUCAAGCCGAGCUGAACCGAGAUGACGCUUCAGACUCCGAGGAAGAUGCAUUCUUGCUGUGCGGAGAGGACCCCGACACCAGAGAGAGGAGAAUCGAUGAGCUAAGGAAUAUGAUUAAAGAAAGGGGAGAGGCCCAUCCCCACCGAACAGACGACGCAUAUCUGCUUCGAUUCCUUAGAGCAAGGCAGUCAAUUCCAGCACGAGCUCAUCGAUUGUUAACACGGUACUGUGAUUUCCGGGAGCAGAAUCCACAUUUAUGGCGUGACUUGGACUGGUUCAGUCUGAGGAAGCUCGGGCACAUCUUUGAAGGGGUGUUGUACGACCGGCCUGACGUGGGCAGACUCAUCAUCUGUAGGAUGGGUCUCUGGGACCCAGACGAGAUACCCGUGGAAGACCUGGUCCGCGCCUGUCUGCUGCUCUUGGAGAUUGGCAUCAUGCAACCUAAGCUACAGAUAGUGGGUGGCACGGGACUCCUGGACUGCGAGGGGCUCACUAUGAAGCACAUGCGGCAGUUCUCGCCUUCAGUCGCCAUGCAGAUUAUGAAUAUUAUGGUUUAUUCUUUCCCCCUCCAUCAACGCGGGAUCCACAUCGUGAACUGCUCGAGGUUCUUCGAAACAAUAUUUCCUUUGUUCCGACGGUUCGCACCGGCCGACGACUUAUGGCAGAAAGUGUACAUGCACGGAUAUGAUAUUAGCUCUUUACACAGAUUUGAUAUACCAGUGAUUAAAUUCUUUGCAUUAGCCAAUUUCUAG